AUGACGUCCCAAUAUGUUACUGAACCUCCAAGCUCAGGCUUGGUCGAUCUGGUCACCUCGAAAGGUACCAUCUCGAUCGCGCUCUUCCCCACACAGGCUCCGCUCGCAUGUCGCAACUUUCUCACGCUGGCGCUCGAAGGUUUCUACGACAACCUCGUCUUCCACCGCCUCAUCCCCAACUUCAUCCUGCAAACCGGCGAUCCUUCCGCUACCGGUACCGGCGGCGAGUCGAUCUACGGCGAACCGUUUCCGAUUGAAUCGCAUUCCCGACUCAAAUUCAACCGUCGCGGUCUACUCGGCAUGGCAGCGAACCAAGAUCGCACCAACGAAAGCCAAUUCUUCCUGACGCUCGACGCUACACCCGAGCUGACUGGAAAGCAUACACUAAUGGGCAAAGUGGAAGGCAAGAGCAUAUAUACGCUGGUAGAACUGGUAGAGGGUGUGGAGUUGGUCGACGGAGAUCGACCGAGGUAUCCGAUCAAGUUACACGAGGUCAGGGUGGUUGAAAAUCCAUUUGAUGAUCUGCAACCAAGGACGACGAAAAAGCAACGUAUAGCCGAGGAAAGGAGAAAGAAGCACGAGAUGGAGACGAGAGUGGCGGAAGAGCAGAAGAGGAAGAGGAGCAAGGCGAAGAAGAACACUGGGUUGCUGUCUUUUGGAGCGGAAGAAGAGGCAGAAGACGAGGUGGCGUUGAAGGGUCCAAAAAGUUCGCAUGAUCUGCUCAAAGAUGAUAAGCACCUAUCGAGGCAGACGAUCGAGACGAGUAAGAGCACAAAAGCUAAUACGCCAGCAGUGUCGGCCAAUAUCAGUUCCAAGGAGAAGCGAUUCUUGGCUCAAUCGUCAUCUUCGACCACACCACCUGCAGUCACAAAACAAGCUUCCAAGGACGGCACCUCGGACGCUCCCCACCCCACCGCGACCCUCAAAAGUGAACAUAGCGGGCCCAGCGACCAGAAAGCCAGUUCAUCUACCGGCCGAGACUUUCUUGCCUCUCAACGAGCCAAAUACCUCUCCUCCUCCCACCCUUCUACCGCCAAACAAGACGACUCGUACUCAGCGCUGCUCUCGUUUCAAUCGCGACUCCGCACCCGGCCUUCAUCCACCACACCUAUCGCAAAGCCUCUCCCGUCCGUUGGCGUCGACGAGGUCGAGGAAGAGGCAGGCGAAUACGGCGCGAGCGACGACGACGACGAUUGGCGAUCGCAUCGACUCGAUGCUGGCGGUCAGCCGCUGGUAGCUGGACAAAACGCGGGCAAGGACACGUUGGAGGACUAUGAGGUCUUGGAUCCGAGGGACCACACUGAUCGCGAAAGGAAUCCCAAAGCCGAGUCCAGCAGGGACGGAAAAAGAGGCAGGGAUUGGGUUGAGCACGAUCGGAAAUAUCAAAACGAUCGCAGUCGAAGGCACCGCGAACACGACAAACACCCACAGCAACGGCGACAGAGAUCAAUCAUAUAA